CGAACCUGCUGGGACAGACAAGUUACCAUUUGGCUUGUAAAUUGUACUUUAUUCGCUUUACGUUCUUUAGAAAGGGAUCAUUUUCUAGUUUCAAAUGUAGAAAAAGGCGAAAGUGUUUGAUUUAUGAGGAAAAUCAGAUUGUGGUAAAUACUAUAUAGUCAUCGCUUCAUGUCGUUUGCACACCUAGAUGUACAUUGUAGCUUGAAGCAUCACGUUUUGAUUGAAGUCAUCUCCACCCUUCCUUACUGUAGGCUCGCAUCAUCAUCGCAUGGGUGGUAGAGAGUGAGAUUGAUUCCUAUCUUACCGACCACUGAGACCACUGAUCAUCAGGAUGAGUCUUACCAGUGGACUCACCAGGCCUAAGAGAAUGGCUGUUGGCAUCCUCUUACUCCUUGUAGUGGAUAUCAUUUGGGUCGUGUCGUCAGAGAUAACUCAGUAUAUCUUCAAGGAUAUUGGAUACGACAAGCCGUUCUUCUCCACCUAUCUCAAGACGUCCAUGUUCAUGCUGUAUCUUCUAGGUUUCUUGUUUUGGAGACCGUGGCGACGGCAGUGCUUGGAUUGCUUUGAGAAGCCCAAAACUCUGAAUAUUGAUGAGAAUUCAAAUGACGAUGAAGAUGUACUUGUUUGCACUCAAGAACAUUUACUGAGUGAUCCUUUAUAUGUUCCUGUCAAGUUCAAUGACAGUGAUAAAGAGAACAGUAGGAGUAGCAGUUUCAGCGAGCCAAAUGAUUCUUCUACAUUGAAUGCAAGAGUUCGAUUCAGUAAUUUGAUGGAAGUCAGACACUUGUCAGACAAUGUAGCAGAUGAAGCGAUGAUGGCAAGAUUAUCUUACAAUGCCACAGAGAGGGCCAAGGAAAACCUUCAACAAGCCAACAAAUUCACCAUUCCUCAAGUUGCAAAAAUUAGCUUCAUGUUUUGUUUAGUGUGGUUCCUUGCCAAUUUUUCUUAUCAAGAGGCAUUGGAUGAUUCCCAGAUGGCCAUAGUCAAUACCCUUUCAUCAACAUCAGGUUUAUUCACAAUUAUUCUAGCAGCAUUGUUUCCUAGUUCACAGGGCGACAAAUUCACACUCACAAAAUUAUUUGCAGUUCUCAUAAGUGUUGGAGGCAUAUUUACGGUCAGCUACUCAGAUAGAACUAAAGAUAAUCAGUUUAAGCUUGGUUCACUCUGGGCUUUAGCAGGUGCUUUCUUCUAUGCAGUUUACCUUGUUGCUCUCAAACGAAAAGUGGAUAACGAGGACAAGAUUGAUAUUCCUAUGUUCUUUGGUUUUGUUGGUCUUUUUAAUUUCCUAAUGAUCUGGCCUGGAAUAGUCAUCCUGCAUUAUACCAACAUAGAGCCAUUCCAACUUCCCAAAUCCAACGUUUGGAUCUACCUUGCUGUAAAUGGCAUCGUGGGAACAGUACUUUCUGAGUUUCUCUGGCUCUGGGGAUGUUUCUUGACGUCAUCACUGAUUGCAACCCUCUCUCUCAGUCUCACCAUCCCAAUUUCAAUCCUUGUAGAUAUCUAUUAUAAUAAUGUGGACUUCUCACUGAUGUUCAUCCUAGGCUCCAUACCAGUCUUUUUCUCGUUUAUCGUGGUAGCGAUCCUAACCCAUUACAAUGACUGGGAUCCUGCAUGGGCUCUCAUCAAGAGACUCUACUACUGUUUCCAUAGACUAACCUGCCUCUUCUGCACGAUAUGUUUCAUAUGCAGAAGGAAAACGCCUCAUGUCAGGUUACCAUCAUCAGAUGAUAAAGACCAAUCAGAGAGUUUGAUAGCCCUACACAGCAUGGAUGGUAGUGGCAAUGCACUGGACUGCUGUUAGAAGCCUCAGAUUCUCAAAAGUCGGCUUCACUUCUGUCAGUUCUGCAGGCAGAAAUGUAUACAAGCUACUUAUAUGUUGGUUUUCUUAUGAUCAUAGUAUAAACAACUAUUAGGGGAAAAAUUGAAUUGGACCAUCCCCUGAUAAGACCUUGAUGUCUUAAUUAUCCAUUACAGUCAAAAUGUGUAUUACUUGGAAGGUCCUGAUGACCAACUUCAGUAUUGUAUUAUCUAUAUUAAAAUCAAGCUAAUAAUAAUAGUGAUUUAUGAUUAUUUUGAAGGAAAGAAAUUUAAAGACUAAGAUUUAGUUUAAGAAUGAAACAUUAGUCAUUUGAUGCUGGUGUUCUAGUUUGUUUGGAUUGUCAUCCAUAGUUUAAUAGGGAGGUUUGAAGCCUACCCGGUAGCAAUGUUGACCGUUGAGAAGAACUGCCAGUAGGGAUAAAAUGACGAUAUGACAGGAGAUUUUAGAUUGACAAGUUUUAGAUUCAUUCCAGUUUUCCUGUUCUUGUUGUGUUGGUGCCGAUAAUUUGUUCAUAGUUAUGGUAAUCCGAGUUAAAAACCUACAACAUUCUGACAGUAAUACAGAGUGACAUAAAAGCAAUAAUUAUUGGUUCAAAAUGUUGCCACUUAAUGAUAAAUUACUUCUGAUGUAGUUACAGAUCUAGUUGCUAUGAUGGAAGAUUGAGCAGAUAUGCUUUUCACAUGGUUGGCAUUGUCACUCUUUCAAAACAAGUCUUUGGACAUUCAUCUCUCUGAUCUGACAAUGUCAACCAUGUGGAAAGAAUAUCUGCUCAAACUCUCACUGUAGCAACUUGAUCUGCACAGCACAUUUUAAAGUAUUUUACCAUUUAUUGACAAGAUUUUGAACUAAUAAUCAUUGCUUUUAUGUUAUUCUACAUUAUUAUUAUUAUUGUCAGAAUGUUUUAGGUUUUCAAUUCGGAUUACCAUAAUUAUGAUAAAAUUAUCAACACCAUUACAACAAUAACAACAAGAACUAAAAUUUGUCCAUCUGAAAUCUCCUGUCAUAUUGUCAUAACAUCCUAUUAAAUAGAAAUUGUGCAGUUGAAAUACAACUCACAUUUCCAAGGCACCUUGAUUUUUGUAAACCAAAAAUAAUGUUAGGACUUUUAUUUGAUUUCUUGAGUUGCAUUCCGUCAGCAGACUCAGAAGGGGUCUGUAUGUAUGUCAUUAUUUAUUAGAGAAUGGAUUCAGAAAUAUCUGCAAUCGGAUUGGUUGAGAAUAAGAGCCAGUGAGCAGAAUUGAAUUUUACUAACUGCAUAAAUUAUACAUGAAUAAGUUGCGAUAUUAGAGAUCGAUAUCGAAAUUAAAACAGUAGCUUGUCGAUAUGGUGAUUGUGAAACAGCCACAAUAUUUGGCUGCAUGGAAACAAAAAAUGACAAGAGGAAACUAAUACCGUAAUAAAGAUAGCUGACUGAUUCUGCAGGUAAGCUCUAUACAAAUUUGGGUUGGAUUUUGAAAAUAACUCCCUGGCAUUGUUCUCGAUGACAUAACUCUGUAGUGAAAGUUAAGUUCUAAGCAUGAAGCAGCUACUCUGGACUAUUUUUCUGCAUCCUUGAAAAUUGGUUUCGUGCAUCUGUUGAAAAUUGCAUGCAUCCGGUAAAUCAGUUUCAUGCGUCCGGUAAAUUUUCUUCUUUGACUUGGAAUCGGGCAAUAUAUAUUUUUUACGCCCAUUCUAUAAAACAGAUGAUGCACAAUUUUUUUUGUGGGUUGGUAGAAUAGUGUGCAUGCGGUAACUUUGGCGUAGUCUUAAACACACUCCACUACACCUCGUUAGUUUAAACCAUACCCACAGUUACCUUGUGCACAUGAUUCCUACGGACCCAUUCAUACCUGCGCAUCAUUUGUUUACUACAUGCUUCACAAACUUACUGGUAAUGUUUUGUAUGAAACAUCUUCAAAUUUUGUCAUUUGCAAAGUUUACACUUCUCAGCAGAUGAUUGAUAGUGUAAUAGUUCCACCCAUUUUUAUUUUGAAAUAAGGAAAGAGAGAAGAAUGACAUCUCAGCAAAUUUCUCAUAUGAAUAUGAUUCAUCUCAAAGUAUGUGGUGUGCUGCAGUGGUGUUAACAUUCAACUGAUUUAUUGCUAAAUAUUUUCUAAAGGUAUGUAUGAAGCUGAUAUGAGGUACUAUUUGUCAUUGGUCAUUGUAAAUAUCAUAUAUUGUCAAAUACAAAUCAUUGUGUGCUUUUGAAUGUAUAGUCUAUCAUUGGAAAUAUUUCUACAAAAAUAUGAUAUAUAUUAAGAGAAAUUUCUGAAAUAUCAAAUCUACCUAAUUUCUCUAUUUGUAUAUAAAUCUAUACUUGCAUUUCUUUUCUGGUAAUGCAUAGCUUAAUGUUGCAUUGGAAAAUGUGUGUAUAAAAAAUGUAAUUAAUUUAAUUUGACAUGUAUAUCUUUGUACCUCUCUGUUAAUAUUGGCAAAACAUAAAUUGGUAUAUUUUGUAUGAAUCUGUAUAUAAUUGAUCAGAAACUAAAACUGAUAUAUAUAUAUACAAAAGUCUAACUAUUGAAAGUAAUUUUUUGUCAUGUGCAAAUCAACUGUAAGUGAAAAGAUCUUAAAUUUAUUGAUUGAAUUUUGUGUCAAUCCUGGAAACUUUGUUUUAGUUCAUCAUUAAUUUCAUAAGAAUAAAAAAAGGAUGAGGUAAAACAUGGAUGUGUAAAAGGUAGAAAAAUGUAAAUUGUGAAAGAUGAUUGACCAGGUUUAUCAUUUCUCUAGGAUGAUAAUGAUGAUGAUAACUUUCUGGAAACAACAAAUUGAGAGUAUAUAUUUAGUAUACCUGGAAAUUAAGAAUAGAAAGAGAACUGUUUUCCCCCUUUUGUUUUGCUGUUGCAAAGUAUGGAUAGUGGAAAUCAAGUGGACAGCCAAUGUUCCACAGUUAAAAGCUCAACUGUAAUUUCCUCCGGGGAGUAAUCUUAUGUUUAAAUUUGAAAUUAUUUUCUACGUAUGUUUCCUUUUUUGCUUUAACUUUGUCUUAUAUUUUCUAUCAUUUUUUAUUUCAAGUGCCUGUGGCAUAUUAAGCCUGGGAGUGCUUUCAUGUCAAUUAUAGGCUACAAUCAUGGUGCUUUAGACAUUAUACAUUUGUUGUCUUAUUUAGUUAUUUGUUGAAAUAUUAAUAUGAAAAUGAUUUAAUCUGUAUGCUGUUCAAUAUUUCUUUAUACACCCAGGGAAAAUCAAAACCAGGUAUCAAAUUUCAAGCUUCUUAUGCUAUAUAUAAAUUGGUGAGUGCAAUACAGUGCUAACUCACAGUGUGUGUCUUCUUUAAAGACAUGCCAAUUAUUAAUAGGCUCACAACAACAAAAUAGAGGAUUAUAAGGUUUCAGCACCAGUUAAUCACCUUUCGGUUUGAAUCUAAAUGAAUAUAUUAAAUUUUAAGGUAGUUGACAAGGAUAUUUUUAAUACAUGGAAUCAUUUUGUUUAGAUAAAUAUGAGAUUAGCACUGUCUUGCACUGACAUUAUGUAUAUGUACAUAGAGUUAUGUAUAUAAGCAUUUAUCGUCUGCUUGGAGCCAGGGUCCCAUUUCAUAAACCUUGUUAUCAAUAACAAAUGCCACAGAUCUAUCACAAAUCUGCUCACAAUCAAUCAAAUGUAAGGAUUUCAGUAACUUUUUCUUUUCUUGUUCUUGAUAACAAGUUUUAUGAAACUAUUAUACACAGAGCUAAUGCUCUUAUGGCUCAAAACCAACGACAUGACACGACUAGUCUUGUCCAAGAAGUUUGUGUGACCCUAAUCUAUGUCUAAAUCACUGCUUUUUGUAAUUCAAAUGUCAAUACUAUUUUUGAUAGCAAGAACAUGUUAUCUAGACAAAAAAAAAGCCAUGUUUCAGAAAGUCCAUACAAGUUAUGCAAUGUUAUGUAAUGUUUUGUUAAUUUUACAUUUUAUGUUUGUAUUGUUUCACUUCCUUUAAUAUUUUUGUUCUUUCAUUGAUGCGAACUAUGGAAGCAAUUACAAGAGAAGAAAACAGA